CGUCCCAUCCAUUGAAAAGAAAUAUUCUUAAAAUCUCCAUUAUUGCAGUGAUGGUCUACGCAGAACUUCAUGGGUCUAAAAGGAAAUUGGCAUCCCUAACUAUGCCUUUGUUGCAAUUUGAAGCUGACCCUUUUGCCAAGAAGGACUGGUAUGACAUAAAGGCUCCUUCAAUCUUCAUUGAGAAGAACAUUGGAAAAACCCUUGUUAGCAGAACACAAGGAAAUAAGAUUGCUUCUGAGGAACUCAAGCACAGAGUUUUUGAGGUUAGUUUGGCUGAUCUACAGAGGGAUGAAGAUCAGGCUUACAGGAAGAUCAGACUUAGAGCUGAGGAUGUGCAGGGGAAGAAUGUGCUCACAAACUUUUGGGGAAUGGACUUCACAACAGACAAGCUAAGGUCUUUGGUGCGUAAGUUGCAGACUUUGAUUGAAGCUCAUGUGGAUGUUAAGACCACAGACAAUUACAGUUUGAGGAUGUUCUGCAUUGCUUUCACCAAGAGACGUCCAAACCAGGUCAAGCGAACUUGUUAUGCCCAGUCUAGCCAGAUCCAUUGGAUUCAUCGGAAGAUAAGAGAAAUCAUGAUUAACCAGGCUUCAUUUUGUGAUUUGAAAGACCUUGUUGCAAAGUUCAUCCCUGAGAUGAUUGGUAGAGAGAUUGAGAAGGCUACCUCAAGCAUCUACCCUCUUCAAAAUGUCUUUAUUAGAAAAGUCAAGAUUCUUAAGUCCCCCAAGUUUGAUCUUGGCAAGUUGAUGGAGGUUUACGGUGACUAUUCAGAAGAUGUUGGUGUGAGGUUGGAGAGGCCAGCUGGUGAGACAAUGGCAGAAGGAGAGACAGGGGUUGUUGGAGCCUGAAGAGAGCCCUUUUUUCAGAUAUAGUGAUGCUUCAAUUCUUAGUGAAGCAACAUAAAGAUUUACUGUUCACAUUUCUUGUUUUGCACCCUAAAUUGGAACUAAAAGCUCACAGCAAAGAAUUGAACUUGGUUUCUGGAUCAAAUGCAUUUGGCUGCAACCAUGUGCUCUUUUCUUUUUUUCUUUUCUUCCUUUUAUUUUUAUUUUUAUAUUUUUAUGGCAUCAUGUACUUGUUUUUUCUUUAGUUUAUGGUUUCAAUAUACAUUAUGGCAAGAC